AUUGCGUUCACUGUUUGUGACAAAGCUAAAGGAAGCAGUUGAUGCUGAGCUCAGACCACAACUGAGACAACGGCGCAGCAGGUCUGAACUACAGGUUUUUCUACAAAAUGGAAUUGGGGGAUUAUUACGUUGACUAUGAUGAAAACAGUACCUACAUCUAUCGCAACAACAAUGACACAAUAUCUCAAUCCAUAUCACUCACUAAAACCACCUCGGUACGGGACAGCGCUUGGGUGUGUCUGAUUGUUGUCAGUGUGCUCAUUUUCCUUCUGGGUUUCUUUGGGAACCUUUUGGUCAUCUGGAUUUCCGGCUUCAAGAUGAAGAAGACGGUCAACACCACCUGGUACCUGAGCCUCGCGAUCUCCGACUUCAUCUUCUGUGCUCUCCUCCCGUUCAACAUUGCCUUCAUGGUGAUGGAAGAGUGGAUUUUUGGUCUCUUUAUGUGCAAGUUCGCCUCUUCAGUAAUGUUCCUCAACAUGUUCAGCAGCAUCUUUCUUCUCAUCAUCAUCAGUGUGGACCGCUGCGUUUCUGUUGUGUUUCCGGUUUGGGCUCAGAACCAGCGCACUGUUAAAAAAGCCUCCUUUAUGGUUGUCAUUGCAUGGAUUCUGGCCGUGGGGCUGAGCGUUCCCUCCAUGAUCUACCGAGACGUUCAUAAUAACUCCUGCUUCAACAAUUACCCGUCCCAGGACAUCCACAAGACCAUCGCAGUGAGCCGCUUCAUCACAGGCUUCCUCAUCCCCUUCGUCGUCAUUAUCAUCUGCUACUCUAUUAUCGUCCUCAAACUUCGAAACAACAGAAUGAUGAAAUCCUCCAAACCGUUCAAGGUCAUGAGCGCGCUCAUCGGCGCUUUCUUCUUCUGCUGGCUGCCCUACCACGUCUUCAUCCUUAUGGAGCUAAACCGCCACAAGUAUGACCACAAUCUCUUAACAACUGGCCUUAAAGUCGGUACGUCUUUGGCAGCCGCAAACAGUUUUUUCAAUCCUGUGCUUUACGUCUUCAUGGGCAAUGACUUCAAGCAGAAGUUCAGGAGCUCUCUGGUGUCAAAGAUGAGGCGUGCGAUGGAAGAGGAGGGCCGCACCACCAGUCGGUACCUGUCCAGAUCCAGCUCAAUGGACAACAGAGCUUCCACGCACAUUUAGAGGUGGUCGGAACCUUCAACUUUGAAUUUAUGUGCUGAAGUUCCACAAAAAAAUGGGCAUUCACAGGACAAACACACUUCUUUGCAGGAAUCAUACUGAUUAAUGUUCCCAGCAAAUGUGAUGAUUUGUUUGGACUUUUUACUGCAGCAGCUGACAGUUUAGCCUCAUGAACCCAUUAUCUCAUCAUUUUAACUUUUGUAAAUAGAAGUAAUGAAGAAUCUUUAAAGUUUGAUCUGUAUUUUGUAGGAAAAAAGCUAUGAAAUCUAUUAUUUUGUUGUUUAAAUAAUUUUUAAAAUAAGUUUUUAGAGGAUCUCCAAGCAUCAAAGCUAAUAAUUACAGAGAUUUCUAAGGCUCUGGUGGGGUUGAGUCGUUUACUUUUUGGCAAAGCCAAAAUAAGGAUUUGGAGCUUCUUUUAAAAGGCUUUAGUCAUUUCUUUGAGAAUUAAGUUGAUUAAGUUUUAAAAUGCUUGUUUGUAAAAAUAAAAGGAAGUAAGUAGAACAAAAAUGAGAAUUAAAAUCAUCUAAAACC